UGUUUCCCUCUGCUUUGGAGAGACAGUCUUGUAAUUAUAAAUUUAGCUAUGAGGAGGAGACAGCUAAGAAGUUUUCAUUAAAAGUAACUGAAUGACUGCAAAAAUGACUACAGAAGUAAUAUUAUAUUACCGACCAAAUGAGACUGAUCCCACACAACUGCCCAAAAUUAUAGAGAAAGCACUUCAAGACUUUCCUACUCGUCCACAAUCAAGUUUUAUUCCUUGGUUCCUACAUGAUGGGUCCAAACUUCCACUCAGACCAGGAAGAUCACCACCUGUGAUUACUGAAGAGUCAGUUGAUGAUGUGAAAAACGACUUACCCUUAUCAGAACAUGGUGUUAAGUCACAUAGUUAUGAUUGUACUGUAGAUCUAUUGGAGUUUCAACCUGUUUUGAAUAAAAAGAAGCACUUAAUACGAUCACACUCACUGAAUGAACAGACUAUUUUGAGAAAUCUGGAAAAACAAUCAGAGAAAGGAAAGCAGCUUAAGAAGAGGUCCUGGAGUAUUUCACUUCCCGGAAGUACUUGUAUAAAAAAAACUUUUCCUUUGUCUAAAAAAUUGCAAGACAAUUUAAGGACACUAAAUUUGCACUCACUUCAUAGAGCAAGAUGGACAAUAGAACACACUAUACAUGAUAACCAAACUCUGGAAGACAUUUGGGCAAAACUUAAUCGAAUUAUCAGGCAUAAUGAACUUCCAUCUUGUAAUGCUACAAUUCAGAGACAUCUAGGCCAAAUCUGGGUGUUCUGUGAUGUUAUGUACUGUGAAUAUGUGGGAAGUCUUCUUAAAGAAAGAUUAGCUCUUACUGGGAAAAUACAUUUAUUUGUGCAUAAAUAUGGUACUAUUUUUAGUAUGUAAAUGCCACUGAUUGUGAAAAAUUCUGGAUGAAUUAUAAAAUAGUAGGAUGAAUAAAUGUUUUACUAUUUUGA